AUGGCGUCCCAGCAUCCAUUCGAUCCUUUCAAAGCCUCCACUCCCUCUAAUAACCUCGGCGCGUCGAUGUGGGCGCCAAAGCAGCAGACAGCUCGCUCUGAACUGGAUGAAUCCUGGGCCACCGGUUUUCCUCGCUCGCAUGACGAGGCCAUAGGUUUUCCGCAGCGCGUGGAGGGCCUGGGUUUUCACCCGCUGAUCGCCUCCGGCAACGAUCGCCUGUCGGAUGUCUUCGGAGGCGCGGACGCGAUGAACACUGGUGUUUCCAGCCCAAUCGGCGCCAUCGGCGACGGAAGAAGCAGGCCGCGUCAAGGGUUCCCAGAUGCGCACGUCGAACAAUUGUUUCGAACCCUGAAUCUAAACUCGCCGCCACCGCCCCAGCCUGCAGCUCUUUCUCUGGACUGUGGGCUGUCUCCAGAUGUAUCUCCGAUGUCACAGACAUCGGCGCUGCUGACCCCGGUGGACCUUUCUCCUGCUCGCACUCCACCCAACAUCAAAACGGGUUUUGCUCAUGACUUCGGGCCAUCUGUCCUGACCGGUCAUCCUUUGUUUGGGGACAGCGAGUCUCCGCGUUUAUACGACAUGCCGCCUUCUUCGCCGCAUAACAACUUUCAUAGGCAAUCGCACGUCGUGGAUGUGUUUUCUGGUUCUCCACGCUCUGAUCAUAUCGCCUUCUACGACACUACUGCCGAUAGAAUCUCCCCGUCACUCAAGCGCCAGCCGUUCCCUUCUAGUACACCACCCGUUCCUCAGGCCUUUAAUCCGCCUUCUCGGCGUGUGGAUCUACCGUGGUAUUCCCAGUCGUCUAUAGCAUCUGAAUGGCUCGACCCAUCGACCCCUGAUGCGCCGGGUGUUGCGCAGAUGACUGGUCGUGAUGCACACUCUGGCCGUGCGUCGUUCGAGAUGCUAUACCAAAGCGACACCAGGGCUGCAAUCCCCAUUGCAGCAUCAAACAAUGACCCAAUAAAUUUCCUCUCCUUGCUUCAUCCUUCGUCGUCGCCGCCAUACCAUCUGUUCGUUACGCGGAUCAUCAAAUCAUCGGACCAGCAAGCUUCGAUCUUCCUCCAGCAGAAACUCAAAGUUGCCAAUCUCGAAGAACGUCACAAGAUCGUUGACGCCAUCUGCACUAGGGGAUAUGAGAUGAUGGCUCAUCGGUUUGGUAACUGGGCGGUUCAGCGAUGCUUGGAGGCUGCCACGACGGCUGAUGAACGAAGGAAGAUUGCAUCUUGCAUGAGGGGCCGCGUGGUGGAGCUUGCCACGAAUUGCUACGGCUGUCAUGUCCUUCAGAAGGCUCUGGACUGCGAAGAAGACAUUAGGUUCCUUAUUGUAUCUGAGCUCUUGCUCGGGGAUCCCGCGCAGACACUCGUUAACAAGCACGCGUCCCAUGUCUGGAGCAAAAUCAUGGAACUGACAUGGUCAUCGCCGGCGCCCCCCAUCUUUGCUUACGUCCAUAAAUCUUUGCAAGGUCAAUGGGCGGCACUUGCCUGUCACGAGACUGGUUCUCUUGUUGUUCAACACGCGUUUGAAAAUCUCGAGGAGUCAGCGAAAAGCAGUAUAGUAGACGAACUGCUGAACAAAGGUCCGGUGGUAUUCGCCCAGGUGGCGAAGAACCAAUGGGGCUCAUACUGCAUCCAGCACAUACUGGAGCAUGGCUCACCCAAGCACCGUACUAUGACCAUCGAACAUCUACUUGCAGGGCUUCUUGAGUAUGCGACCCACGAGCAAGGAGCAAAAUCUGUGAACAAAGCUCUGAAAGAAGGCGGCAAGGAUGCCCUUGAUCGCAUUGUACAACGAAUGGCAGAUCCGGCGAAGGGUGCGCGACGCGCGAUGAUCGUCGAUCUCGCCUUAUCUGUGACGGGAAGCCAGCUCAUUGCCAAUGUGCUACCGAACGUUGACAAGGAACAGCGCAAUAUCCUGUACGAGUCCAUCCGCGGGCACAUCGUGACUUUACGGGGGUGCAAGACUGGCUCGAAAGUCAUAUGGCUGUUUGAUCGUAUGCGAGCGUAUUAUGGCUACUAA